AUGUCGAGCAAAACCUCUACCAGUCUCCCUGACAUCCUCCUCAUUGGAGCCACUGGACGCACCGGUAGCCUCGUCCUACACUCAGCGCUAAAGCGUGGCCACAAAGUCGUCGCCCUGAUCCGACCAUCCUCAUCCCUGCCGCCUCGAGCCAACCUCACGAUCUCUGAAGGUUCUCCACUCGAGUCUGCCGCUAUCAGCACUGCCCUUUCCCUUACUACCGGUCCGGUCAUCAUCAUCAGCACCCUCGGCCAAACCCGUACCUCAGGAAACNCCUUUGCUGCAACAACAUCUCCUCCACUUUUCAUGUCUCACUCAGCCAGUGCAGUGGUGCAAGCAGCAAAAGCCCAUAACUCUAAAGUCCAGAAAUUCAUUCUAAUGUCCAUGUUCGGUACUGGCUCCUCCUUCGGCAACCUCAAUUGCCUCAUGCGAGCCACUAUGCGCUACUCGAACAUGAAGCAAACUCUGGAUGAUCAAGAUGCCGUCGACAAGAUUGUCAAAACAAGUGGACUGGCAUUCGUGAUGCCUAGGCCUGCUAUGUUGAAGGGUGAAGUCGCAUUGCCGGUCAAAUAUCUAGGUGAUGCAGGAGAAAAGGCUGGAUUUAUGCCUUCUGUAAGUGCACAGAGCUGUGCUGAAUUUAUGUUGGAUGCAGCCGUCAGUGGAGAGUGGGAUGGCAAGACACCUGUUCUGUCAAAUUAG